GAGAAUAAAACACGAGGAACCAGAAACCUGGAGAAUAAAACACGAGGAACAAGGAGAGUUCAUUGAAGAAAAUGAGAAGAUUGAAGAACUGAGUGAAGUUGAGAAAAAUCAUGUUAAAACUGAAGAAAAACAUUUGAGUUGCUCUCAAACCAAACUGAAAGAUUUUAAGAAAAGAGGAGCCACCUGCACUCAGUGUGGAAAGGGUUUCACACUCAAAACAAGUCUUGAGCAUCACAUGAAAGUUCAUACUGGAGAGAAACUGUUCACUAGUGCUCAACGUGGAAAGAGUUUUGUAAACUCAUUAAACAAAGAAGACAUGAGCAUCCACACUGAAGAGAAACCGUACACAUGUGAUCAAUGCAGCAAAACAUUUUUGAGGGCUUCAGUCCUGAAGAAACACCUGAGAGUUCAUACAAAGGAGAAACCAUAUUCAUGUGAUUUGUGUGGAAAGAGUUUUUCACGUUUUUCAACUUUGAAAGAACAUCAGAAAAUACAUACUGGUGUGAGAGAGUACAUGUGCUUUGAGUGUGAAAAGACUUUUACUUCAGCACAGUGUUUAAAACGGCACCAGAAGAUUCACACUGGAGAAAAAUCUUACAAGUGUUCACACUGUGACAAGAGAUUCAGUCAGUCAGGAGACCUGAAAACACACAAGAGGAUUCACACUGGAGAGAAACCGUUCACAUGUGUUCAGUGCGGGAGGAGUUUUGCACAAAAAGGACAUCUUACAGGGCAUAUGAGAGUUCAUACUGGAGAGAAACCGUUCACAUGUGAUCAGUGUGGGAAAAGUUUCAGAAAAUUAUCAACCCUUAAGGAUCACAUGAACAUCCACACUGGAGAGAAACUGCAUGCAUGUGAUCACUGCAACAAAACAUUUUUGAGAAAUUCAGACCUGAAGAAACACCAAAGAGUUCAUACAAAAGAGAAGCCACAUUCAUGUCAUUUGUGUGGAAACAGUUUUUCAUCUUUAAAAUAUUUAACAGUGCAUCUGAAAAUACAUACUGGUGUGAGAGAGUACGUGUGCUUUGAGUGUGAAAAGACUUUUACUACAGCACAAUGUUUAAAACAGCACCAGAGGAUUCACACUGGAGAAAAACCUUACAAGUGUUCACACUGUGACAAGAGAUUCAGUGCUUCAGCAAAUCUAAAAAGACACGAGAGGACCCACACUGGAGAAAAACCAUAUCACUGCACUGAAUGUGGGAAGCGUUUCAGUCAUUCAUCUUCUCUACACAAUCAUACAAAAAACAUUCACAGUAAGAAUUCAAGAUUCUGAUCAAAUCAAAGAUGGAGUUCCUCCACCAAAUAAAUGUCAAAACAUUUUAUUAUUUUGCUUUCUUAUUUUUCUUCACUGUUGUUUUUAAAAUGACUAAUUAUUCUUCCACUUAAGAUGUAUUUAGAAAAUGCAGAUGCAAGAUAUAUAUGUCAUGUUAAUGAAAUGUUGAAAUACUCUACUGAUGAUUCCCGAACUAAAUAACGGCAACUGGCCAAUCAGAACUUGGUACUGUGAGAAGCUGCGCACAGCUGAAGCAAGUUUUCAUCAUUUGUCAUUUUUCACGCAAAAUGAUUCAAGUGCAACUUUUGAAGUUUUUUUUUAAAAGAAGAGAACGGAAGGUAUGGCUCUUCCUUGAUUAGAAUUUAAAGACAUUCCCUGAACAUAAUGUUACUGUAUUGUAUUUGUAACUAUGAGGAACUAACACGAUAUGAGAGAUGACAUUAUCAUGUAUGUCACAGACUUUGAACAAGACAUGUUUUUGUUUGUUUGUUUGUUGGAAAGUCCAAAAGCAUUCACUGCACGAUUAUGCAGUCAGAAUGCUCUAUAAUUCAAGCAAUGAAAGAAAAAAUACCCAUGUAUGAGAUUUUAUUUUUUAUAUUCAUUGCACAAGCAAAGUACUUUUCUGAAUACCAGCACAAGUGCGCGUACAUCUCCACUGUAUACACUGCUAAAUUAUUAGUUGUUCUUCUAUUAAUUUCAAUUCCCCUCCCUGGAACCACCACACCUAUUCCUGUUCCUUCUGUCUAAGGGUUCUUUGUACCAUCUGUAUAGAUUUGAGUAUAGUUUUUAUACACUUCAGAAAUAUAAUCAUUAAAGACCCCAA